GGCAGAGACCUCUGUUUCUGACUGCCAUGUGACAGCAGACCGCUCUCAGGUUUCUCUCUGAUAUAGGUUAUCGCGCCAGAUACAAACAUUCUCAUCCGUACACCUGUUGACGCCGCGCGUUCCGGACGGCAUGGCGAAGAGUUUGAGCGCAAAAAUCGGCCCGUCGAUCCUGAACGCCGACCUGGCGCAGCUUCACGAAGAGUCGCAAAAGUUGCUGGACAAUGGUGCGGAUUACUUGCACUUGGACGUGAUGGACGGUCACUUUGUUCCCAACCUUACGUUCGGUCAUCCGAUUGUGAAAUGUCUUCGUGGUAAAAUUAAGGAUGCCUUUUUCGAGACGCAUAUGAUGGUGUCCAAGCCGGAGCAGUGGAUCGAGCCCAUGGCCGACGCCGGUGUAGAUCAGUAUACGUUCCAUGUGGAGCCGGUGGAGGAUGUUCCUCUAGUUUGCAGGAAAGUGAGGGAAGCGGGAAUGAAGGUUGGUGUGGCACUCAAGCCAGGAACACCCGUGGACGUGGUGACGGACUACGCGGACCUGGCGGACAUGAUCCUAGUGAUGACUGUGGAGCCUGGUUUCGGUGGGCAAAAGUUCAUGGAGCCGAUGUUAAAGAAAGUGGCGUGGUUAAGGGAGAAUUAUCCUGGAUUAGACAUUGAAGUCGACGGCGGGGUUGGACCAGCCACAAUUGAAGCUUGUGCAAAGGCUGGUGCUAAUAUGAUCGUAUCUGGCACGGCUGUCAUAGGUUCUGCCGAUCAAGCCAAAGUAAUGACGACUCUCAGAGACACGGUAAAUUGUUAUUUGGGCCACGAUCGUUCAACGUAGCGACGACAACCGAGGAUAUUGUAAAUACACAAAGCAUUCCUGAGAUAAACUUGCGAUAGACACAUUUUAUAUAUACAAUAUACAAAAAUAUAUAUGUACAAAGAUCUGUAUUUUUGAUACAGUGAUGGUUGACGUGAUAAAAUUCAACAUGACUUUAGAGGAAA